GACCCAAAACCCAUUUUCAAGUUUUUCUCUACUCUCCACAAUCCCCUUUGUUCAUGCAAAACCCAUUUCUCUCCUAUUGAUUUCACAUAGUGUUUAAAGAAAGCUUGAAAGAAAAUGGAGGAAGCUUCUUGCUCACCGGUUUUAGACGGGGAGCUGAUUGGGAUCAGAUUCGGAUUAGCAACCCAUCAAGAAAUUUGUACAGCAUCGAUGAUGGGAUGCUCUAUAAGCCACGCUAGUCAACUAUCUAACCCAUUCCUUGGCCUUCCUCUUGAGUUUGGAAAGUGUGAAUCUUGUGGUACAUCCGAACCUGGAAAGUGCGAAGGACACUUUGGAUACAUUGACUUACCAGUACCCAUAUAUCAUCCUAACCAUGUCAGUGAGCUGAAGAAGUUGUUGAGUCUCUUGUGCUUGAAAUGCUUAAAAAUGAAAAAGAACAAGAGUGCCGGUUUGGCCGAAAGAUUGUUAUCAGUAUGUUGUGAGGAUGCUGCACAAGUUUCUAUCACAGAGUUCAAGCCAAGAGAUGGGGUUUGUUCCUUGCAAUUGAAACUACCUUCUAACAAAAAACCACCGCCUGGUUUUUGGAAUUUCUUGGAGAGAUAUGGCUUUCGCUAUGGUGAUGGUGUAAAACGCAUUUUGCUUCCUAGAGAGGUGAUGCAGAUUCUCAGAAGAAUCCCUGAAGAGACAAAGAAAAAACUGGCGACUAGAGGCUAUAAUCCUCAAGAUGGAUACAUCUUGAAUCAUAUACCUGUCCCUCCUAAUUGCUUGUCAGUGCCUGAAAUAUCUGAUGGUGUUACCAUUAUCUCUGCGGAUCCUUCAAUAUCAAUGCUCAAAAAGGUUCUAAGAAGAGUUGAAGAGAUCAGUAGUUCAAGGUCUGGUGCAGCAAAUUUUGAAUCUGAAAUUGACGAGGUUGAUUUGUUGCAAGAAUCAGUUGAUCAGUAUCUUCAAGUUAGGGGUACUGGAAAGGCAUCACGUGAAAGUGAUGCAAGAUUCGGUGGGACCAAGGAGCUCAGUGAAUCUUCGACAAAAGCAUGGCUCGAAAAAAUGAGGACAUUGUUUAUCAGAAAGGGUUCAGGAUUCUCUUCCCGCACAGUGAUUACGGGGGAUGCAUAUAGAAGGGUGAAUGAAGUUGGUAUCCCAUAUGAUAUUGCCCAAAGAAUUACAUUUGAGGAGAAGGUCAAUGCACAUAAUAUUAGGCGUCUUCAAGAGCUGGUAGAUAGCAAGUUAUGCCUAACCUACAGCGAUGGUUCAUCAACUUACUCUUUAAGAGAAGGUUCAAAGGGGCACACAUUUUUGAAGCCUGGUCAAGUGGUGCAUAGGAGGAUAAUGGAUGGGGAUCUUGUUUUUGUAAAUAGGCCUCCAACUACGCAUAAACAUUCUCUGCAAGCACUGCAAGUUUAUGUGCAUGAGGACAAGGUGGUAAAGAUAAAUCCUCUGAUUUGUGGGCCACUAAGUGCUGACUUUGAUGGAGAUUGCAUUCAUCUGUUCUAUCCCCAAUCACUUGCGGCAAAGGCAGAAGUUAUGGAGCUUUUUUCAGUGGAGAAGCAGCUGCUUAGCUCUCACAGUGGCAAGCCUAAUUUGCAACUGGCCACUGAUUCGCUUUUGUCGUUAAAACUGAUGUUUAAGAAAUACUUUUUUAACAAAGCAGCAAUGCAGCAGUUGGCCAUGUUUGUUUCGUCUUCAUUGCCACAACCAGCUUUAUUGAAAGCUAAUUCUACAGUUCCAUGUUGGACUGCUUUGCAGAUAUUGCAGACUGCAUUGCCUGCUCAGUUUCAGUCCUCUGGUGACAGACACUUGGUCAAGGAUAGUGAGGUGCUCUUACUUGAUUGUAGUACUAGUCUUGUACCAUCUCUGAUCAAUGACAUUGGUACCUCUAUUUUCUUUGAGAAAAGUGCUGAAGAUGUUCUCAGUUUCUUUAAUUCUAUGCAGCCAUUGCUGAUGGAGAAUUUAUUUUCAGAAGGGUUCAGUGUGGGUUUGGAGGAUUUUGCUUUGCCUAGGGCAUCUAUACAAGACAUCCAAAAGGGCCUUAAGGAAAUUUCUCCUUUGUUGUUCCAUAUGAGGACAGUAUAUAAUGAGCUUGUUGAGAUGCAAUUGGAGAAUCACAUCCGCAAAGUAAAAGAACCGGUCUCGAAUUUUAUAUUAAAUUCAUCGGCAUUGGGUGAUUUAAUUGACUCUAAAAGUGAUUCUGCAAUGAACAAAGUAGUUCAACAAGUUGGAUUUCUAGGCCGGCAACUGUAUGACCAGGGGAAACUCUAUUCAAAAACAUUGGUUGAGGAUGUGAGCUCACUGUAUCAGAACAAGUAUCCAUCUGACAUUGUGGAUUAUCCCUCAGCAGAAUUCGGAUUGGUUCAUAGGGGUUUUGUUCAUGGGUUGGAUCCAGUUGAGGGAAUGAUUCAUUCCAUUGCUACAAGAGAAGUAAUUGUUCGAUCCUCGAGAGGUUUGUCUGAACCGGGGACUCUAUUCAAGAAUCUUAUGGCUACACUGCGAGACGUUGUCAUUUGCUAUGAUGGCACAGUGAGGAAUGUCUGUAGUAAUUCCAUAAUUCAGUUCGAAUAUGGCGUGAAGAGUGGAUCUGGUCCGGAGAAUUUGUUCCCUGCUGGUGAACCUGUAGGUGUGUUAGCUGCAACAGCAAUGUCAAAUCCAGCAUACAAGGCAGUUCUUGAUUCUACGCCAAGCAGCAACUCUUCAUGGGAUUUGAUGAAGGAAAUACUACUCUGCAAAGUCAAUUUCAAGAAUGAGCUCAUUGAUCGUCGUGUAGUCCUGUAUCUGAAUGAUUGUGGUUGUGGAAGAAAAUACUGCAGAGAACAUGCGGCAUAUUUGGUCAAGAAUCGUUUGAAAAAAGUCAGCCUUAAAGAUACUGCUGUCGAGUUUAUGAUUGAAUAUCAAAAAGAGCGAGCUGCAGGAAGCAUGGAAAUCGACUCUGGCCUUGUUGGUCAUGUUCAUUUGAAUGAGAUGCUGUUACGGGAGCUGAAUCUAGGAAUGUCUGAGAUCCUUCAAAAAUGCGAAGAAACUAUCAAUUCAUUUCGGAGAAAGAAGGUCGGGAAGAAGAUGAACAUUGGCGAAAUUUUUAAAAGGACAAUUUUGUCGUACAGUGAAUGUUGCUCUUUUCAUCAGUCCUCUGCUGACAAUAGAUCUGGAUCCCCUUGCUUGAUGUUCUUCUACCAAGAUUUUAAUAAUUCAGAGUUAGAGGCCAUUUCACAAAUGUUGGCCGACUUUAUUUGCCCAGUUCUUCUAAAAACUGUAAUUAAAGGUGAUCCUCGAAUUUCGUCGGCCAAUAUAAUUUGGAUCAAUUCAGAAUCAACAACUUGGAUUAGAAGCCCAAACAAAUCUCUGAAGGGUGAAUUGGCUUUGGAUGUUGUUCUGGAGAAGUCGGUUGUUAAACAAAGUGGUGAUGCGUGGAGAAUAGCCCUUGAUUGUUGCCUUCCAGUGCUUCAUUUGAUUGACACCAGGCGUUCCAUUCCAUAUGCCAUCAAACAAGUGCAGGAAUUGUUGGGGGUUUCUUGUGCUUUUGAUCAAGCAGUUCAGCGCCUUGCGAAAGCUGUUGCAAUGGUAGCAAAAGGUGUUCUCAAAGAGCAUCUUAUUCUGUUGGCAAAUAGUAUGACAUGCGCUGGAAAUUUCGUUGGAUUCAAUCCUGGUGGUUAUAAAGCACUAUCUCGCGCAUUGAAUAUACAAGUACCCUUCACAGAAGCAACAUUGUUUACACCAAAAAAGUGUUUUGAGAGAGCAGCUGAAAAGUGUCAUAUGGAUUCAUUGUCGAGCAUAGUUGCAUCAUGUUCGUGGGGUAAACAUGUAGCAGUUGGUACUGGCUCCAGGUUCGAAAUCCUCUGGGACACAAAAGAGGGAGGCUUGAACGAAGUGGGUGGCGUAGAUGUUUUCAACUUUCUACAUAUGGUGAACGCUGCAAAUGGAGAAGAAUUAACUACUGCAGCUUUGGGAACAGAAAUUGAUGAUCUUGUGCCGGAUUAUGAAAAUGGAGAUGUGUCCUUGUCACCAGAGCAUAAUUCUAGUUCUGAUAAGCCAGUGUUUGAAGAUAUUGUCGAGUUCCCUGAUAAUUUUGAAAAUGUUCCUGGAAAAUCGAGCUGGGAUUCAAUCUACACCGCUUCUACUGGUGGGAAAGACUGGGGGGCAGUUAAAAUUGGAACACAAGAUGGCAUUUCAGCUGAAACCCAAGCGGAUAGCACAUCUGCGUGGGGGAUUAAGACUCCUAGAGAAGAUGAUACAUCUCCCUGGGGAACAGCCAAGACUGCUACAGAAGAUGCCCCAUCUGCGUGGGGUACCAAGACUGUUAAAGAAGAUGCCCCAUCUGCAUGGGGGAUUAAGACAGCGAGAGAAGACGCUCGAUCUCCCUGGGGAACAGCUAAGACUGCUACAGAAGAUGCCUCAUCUGCAACGGCGAGAGAAGACGCUCCAUCUCCAUGGGGAACAGCCAAAACUGCUACAGGAGAUGCUCUGUCUGCUUGGGGGACCAAGACUCUUAAAGAAGAUGCCCCAUCUGCAUGGGGGACUAAGACUGUGAGAGAAGAUGCUCCAUCUCCAUGGGGAACAGCCAAGAGAGCUACAGAAGAUGCUCCGGCUGCAUGGGGCGCCAAGUCAGCUACAGAAGAUGCUCCGCCUCCAUGGGGAACAGCCAAGACAGCUGCAGAAGAUGCUCCGUCUGCAUGGGGCGUCAAGGCUGUUAAAAAAGAUGCCUCAUCUCCAUGGGAGACAAAGACUGCAACAGAAGAUGCCACUACUGCAUGGGGGAGAAACAAUGAAAAGAAACAUGUCCUCACUGCAGAAGUCCUUGAGGAUUCCAAGGCUAGAGAAGAUGCCACAUCUGGCUGGGGGACAGAAAAUGCAGAAAAUGCACAAUCUACAUGGAGAACCAGUACAGAAAGUGAGAAUGGUUGGUCUGGUAGGGGGGGGAGUAAAGUUGAAUCAACAGAUGUUCAGUCCCAGAAAGCAGUAGAAAACCCCAAGGGUUGGAAUGACUUCUCUGCUGGGGUAAGAAAACCCCAGACGGAGAAUGCUGGGUCUGGAUGGGGCAUGAAAGGUUCUGAGAAGAAAGGUGAUAUUGAGUUGGAACAAGACGAGUCUACCCGUCAUUCUUGGAAGCAGAAGUCUGCUGAUGCUUCUUCUCAGGGUGCUUGGGAACGGCAGAAGUCUCCUGAUACUUCCAAAGGCACAUGGGAGCAGCCAAAGUCUGCUGAGAUGUCUCACGGCGCUUGGGGACAGCAAAAGUCUCCCGAUGUCUCUCAAGGUGUAUGGGGGCUGGAAAAGCCUGCUAGUACCAAUUCUCAAGGCUCAUGGGGACAGCAAAAGUCUCCUGAGAUACCUCAGGGUAACUGGGGACAGCAAACGUCUCCUGAUAUUUCUCAAGGCACAUGGGGGCAGCAAAAGUCUCCUGAGAUGUCUCAAGGCUCUUGGGGACAGCAGAAACCUUCUGACACUUCUCAACCUGCAACUGUGAAUCAGUGGGAUUCUCAAAGUGAAGCAGCUGUUGAAAGACAUCAACAAUGGGGUCAUAAUGGAGAUUCAAACAAGAGAAAACGUUUUGAAGGUGGCAGGAGUUGGGGUCCAAAUGCUGGGGAGUGGAAGGGUAAGAAUAGUCGCCCUGCUAAAUCACCUGGAAUGGUGAAUGAUGAUUCUAGUGUCGCUGCAAUAUAUACCGCAACACGGCAAAGAUUGGACAUUUUCACAUCUGAGGAGCAAGAUGUUCUUUCCCAUAUUGAGCCGACUAUGCUCUCUAUUCGAAGAAUAAUGCAUCAAUCUGGUUACAAUGAUGGAGAUCAAUUAUCAGCUGAGGAUCACUCAUUCAUCCUUGAUAAAGUGUUCAAUUUCCAUCCGGAGAAAGAGGCCAAGAUGGGUUCUGGAAUCGACUAUUUUACAGUUGAUAGACAUGGCAGCUUUCAAGAAAGCAGAUGCCUCUUUGUCAUAUCAACUGAUGGUCGCAAGGAGGACUUUUCCUACAGGAAAUGCCUGCAGAACAUGAUCAAGGAAAAGUAUCCUGAGCUAGCUGAAGCCUUCAAUGACAAAUAUUUCAGCAGACCUCGCCCCCGGAAUCCCAUGUUCGGUCAGACCCCUCCAGAGAGAACUGGGAACGAGACACAGUAGUAGACAUGCCUUUUUUGUGAUUUUCUCUGAUGUAAUUAGGUUCAAACAAUGAUCAACCCUUUUUGAUUUGUAUAUACUAGGCAGUUGGUAUCAGCUUCCAACAAAAUCAGUUCCAUCGUCUCUAUCAGGGCAUUUUUGUUGUUGGUAGCUAGGAUCCCCAUGUAACUGAACCCUGAAAUUUGGACAAGCAAGAUGCUCAUUUAUCUUGCACUUGAAAAUCAAUGACAAGUCUGAUAGAUUUUU